AUGAUUCACCAUAAAAAAUCAAAGUCACUAUAUUGGUUCUUUGUCGGAAUUUUAUAUAUUCUGAUCUGGGAAACAAUAAUUUGUAUAGCAUAUAAAGAAAUAGAGAGUGAAAAACAAGUUUAUAGAGAUAUUUCAAAAUCAAUUUUUCAAAAUUUACAAGAAUCAAUAGAUAGACAAUCAAAAGAUAAUAAUAAUAAUAAUAAUAAUUAUGGAAUAAAUGAUGAAGAUGAUAAUAUUAUUAGAAUUGAUAAACCAAUUAAUGAACCAGAUUCACCAUCACCAUCACCAUCUAAAAUUAUAACAACAACAACAACAACACCAGAUUCAUUAUCAAAACUUUCAUCAAAAUUUGAACCAUCAUCAAUUGUAAAAGAUUUAGUUAGUGAUUUACCACCAUUUUAUUUCUCAUUUAAUGUUACAAACUCGUCAAUGACAUUACCAAUGAAUAUGACAUGGGAUAAAUUCAAUGUUUCAGAUAUUAAUAUUAGCGCACCACAUAUUGAAUUCCCAUUAGAUUUCUCUGCAAGUAAUAUGACAUUCAAUAUUAGUGUUGAAGCUGAAACAUUUCCAAUCGCUAUGAACCUUAUUGCAAACAAAAGUGAUGUUCCAAUUUCAUUGGGUAUCUAUGGUGCUGAUAGUAUACCAGUGACUUUAAACGUUGGUAAAAUGGAGGCACCUCUAUUAAACUAUUUCUUCUUUGCUAUAUUUGGUUCAAUAAAUGGGAUUUUAUUAAUUUGGGUUAUCAUUCAACAAAUUUGUAUUCAAAAUUUAAAGAAACGUUUAGAUACAAUCGAUAUUUCAAAUGAUGUAUUAAAAGGUAAAAGAUAUAAAAGAGGAAAUGUUUGGUAUAAAUCAAUCAACUCUGAUGAUGUUACAAGUGAUAAUGAAAUUUUAAAUAAUGGUCGUAGUUCAAAUCGUGAUCAAAUAAUUGAUAUAAAUAAUACUGAUAAUAAUAAUAAUAAUAAUAACAUGAAUCAAUCAUUAAUAUCAAUAUGUAAACAAUGUGGUCAAACUAAUGGUAAAACUAAAUUUUGUUUUGAUUGUGGAUCUAGUUUAAUUAAUUAG